AUGAAAAGUAAUUAAAAUAGCAAUUUAGCUGAAACUAACAAUAUAAAUGAUGAAAACUAAUAAAUUAAGUCCUUAGUCAAUCAAAUUAUGCAGUAAAAUAGUAAAAUACAUAAAUAAAAAUCUAAUAUCAAAAGAGUGAAAUGGAAUUAAGAAAGUUCAGAUUUAUUUAAUAAAUUAUAUCAUAUGUUUUUGGGGGACCUUAACAUGAUACACUCAUAUUUUUUAUAACACACUGACUUUAAAUUCACAAAAAAAUAAAUCAAAGUAUAGAUUUCUUAUUAAUUCAUAGAAAUAAUUCACAUAACAAGUUUAAAAUUUAACUAAAUCAAAUAGUAAAUCAAUGGAUGAAGAAAUAUAUGCAAAAAUAUUUGAUUCUUAGUAACAAAGUCUUUCAAACAGUAAUUAUUGUGAAGAUCCAGAAUAGAGUGCAUUAAGUGAUAUAAAGAGUUAUUAAUCAAGCAGUUUUUGA